GUUUUCUCCGAAUUACGUGUCGCACGUCAAUGAGUCUAAAGUUACACUUAAAAUGUAGCUGCAACGUGUUUCGGAACACCAGUUCUUUGGAAACGCUCGUUUGUGCUACAGGACUGAAAUCACAAGUUUGUUUUAUUAAGAUUGCUUUAAAAAAUCACAAUUAACUUGACAGUGUAAAAGGAUCAGUAAAACGAUUCUUGUAAAGGAAACUUUGAAGUAAACAGUAAUAUUGGAGCUGACAUGGACAGUCAUGGAGCGAAUAAUCGUGCUGACCAUGCUGUUGAUAAUAAUAAGCCGAUCGUUCAACCAUCAGGGUCGGACCGCAUCGAAAUACAACUCAGAAUCCCCGAUCAGCACAUGGCUAAGCAGAUCAUGGAUAAGACGAUUGCGUUACUUAAAAGAACAGCUGAUGAAACUUCGGAUCCAAAUGAAAAGACACAAGCCUUGCAGUGCAUUGACCUCAUUUACCGCGACAACCCUCAAUUGUCCGCGAUGGGAAAGCCCUAAAUUGAAAGAAAAAGCUGAAACAACAACAACUCGGCAAAGAUCAGACACGAAAGUGCAUAAUUCUGGACAGGACAUUGGACAAGUAGAGCUGGAUCAGGAAAAUAUGCCAGAUUUAAUAUCAGUUAAGCUUAAGGUCGACCAUUUUUAUAUAACACUGGAAAUUAAUGUUUCCGGAAGUGAAAUUUACGUUAAAAGCCGUAGUUUAUUAGAUCUCAACGACGGGAAUAUAAAUUUAUCAAAAAAAGUUUGGCAUGUUGGCAGAUUUAUAAAGUUUUUGCCGCCUAAACUGAUUGCCAUUGAAAAAGCAAAAGUCGUUAAAAAUCAACAAUAUGAUUUUACUUACGGAAUGACACAAUCAAAAAUAUACUUCGGAAAUUCAAAAAAUAAUUGUAUGUAUCUUAUACUACUGGUACACGAAUCAGAAAGUGAUAAUCAUGACAAAAGUGAUGAGAAGAAAAUGAAACUAUUCUUAAAAAAUUUACAUACAGAAAACAUCAAAGAAUAUUGGCCACAUAAAUGGAUUGCCAAUACAAUAGGAAAAGAAGUGACUAAUAUGGAAAAUUAUCUAAUUUGGCAGUUAUCAGCCAAUUCAUACUUCUAUGAUAGGAUGAAAUCCAAUACAAAAAAGGAUCUUUCAAUUGAAAUGGAAAGUUAUGUUUUCAAAAUAAGUAACGAGAAGUUCAAUUUAACUUUUAAAAAAAAUCUGCAUCCCAAGACAGACACACAUGAAAUGAGACAGGUUACUGCAAACAUCAUUGCAGGGAAGAAAUUCAAAAUAAAAAUAAGCAAUGUAAAUUCAACAAUAUAUCAAAUACUUGAAACAAAUAAUGAUGAAAAAAUGUUGUUUCAAUGCAAGAUUCAACUGUUUUGGGCGGUCAAAAAACAAUUUGCGCUUCAUAACUGGCAGAAAUGAAAAAAUAAAAAUGGAUCUUGUAAUUACAACAAAUAAGAUUCAUAUAAAACAAAUACUUCAGACUAUUGUUUCUGAAUUUGAAAUUUAUAUAAAAAGUAAAAUAUGUACUAAUACUAUGAAGAAAUUUGAAGUAAUCAUCAAAGCAUUACACAUUGAAAGAAUAAAACCAUAUUUGCAAUUUAAAGUGUUUGCUACUAAAAUCAGACCAGUAGUUACAGUUCAAUACAAUAUUUGGAAAUUAUUAAGCGAGUUGCACUUCUUUGCUGGGAAGAAAUCGCAAAUAAAAUUUAACAAUGUAAAUCAAUUACUUGUUCUAUUCGGCUUACAUCAAAUACUUGAAACAAAUAGUGAUGAAAGUUACGAAAUUCAAGUUAAAGGUGAUUUACUCACCAUACAACAUGAGAAGUUCGAAUUAUUCAUCAAAAUGGUGUUUUUAAAAGAAAAAUCAGAAUGGGGUGCAAACGAAGUGAUCUCUAUUUGGUUUCAAUUGAACGAUUUGCACUACAUAGUAUGGCAGAAAUUCAAAAAGAAAAUUGACUUGCUAGUUCCACUGGACUCAAAAGAAAUGAGACAGGUAAUUGCCAACUUUUUGGAUGAAUAUAUUAUUAAAAACGACUUGCCCAUCUUUGCUGGGAAGAAAUUCAAAAUAAAAACGAACCUUGUGAUUUCAAAAAUUGAUCAGUUACAUAAAAAAUUGAGUACACAUACUGAUGAAAGUAAAAUUCCAGCGAAUGAUAACUUAAUUACCAUAAAAUAUGAGAAAUUUGGAUUGUUCAUCGAAAUCUUGCUUCUUGAAGAAAUAACAGAAUGUUUGCCAUCUGAAUUGAUCACAAAUGAAUUUAGGCAAGUAACAACUAAUCAACAAAAUUAUCUGACAUGGCAGCCAAAACAUAAUGAUCAGUUUCGUAGGAAUAAAAUACCUCAGAUGAAAAUGUCUGAAAUUGACAUUUAUGCGAAAAGACAAAACUGUCCUGAGAUCAUCAAAAUGCUUCUA